CUUUUUGCUCUCUUCCUGUGUUCGCAGUUUACCAUAAUUUACAAAAUAUACUCGCUUAACAAAUCUGGCAGAUAUUUAACCUAUUUUAAACAUGGCCUACUCAAUACAGUAGGCCAUGUUGUAAAUAAUGAAGAAUUUAAAAAAAAAUGUUUAAAUAUAAAACCAUAUAAUUAACUAGACUGAUAUGCAAAGUGUCGGGGUUUAGUAUAAACAAGGUUCUUUAGCCUGUAAUACAAAACAAAGCGUUGUACAUGUGUGGUAUAUUCCUGGUGUAUUAUUGGCAAGUCUUAUGUAUUUUCUAACGCUCCCUUAUAUAUUAUAGGUAUGUGGCGACCCACCACGUGUGUGUGCGCCGAAGCGUACACGAGUGCCUUUUUCGUAUGGUAUCAACCGCACAGGAGUUUAUUAUAUAAAGUUUGCAUUUUCUAGCGCAGUUAUUUAUGCCGCAAAUUUCGAGUGGUUAAUAUGAACAACAUCCUGACAUUAAAACGUUUAUAUUUUCUCUGGGGUAAAAUCCCCUUCAGGUCUAAAUUAUAAGCGCAAAAAUGAAAAACUCUGCAGAUUUAAAUAGGGUGCUCACACCCAAAGAGUGUAAAUGGCGUCUUAUGGCUGUAACAUUGGCAAUUUUGUUGAUUUCUUCUGCUUUUAUAUCACUUGAAGCUAUGCAGAGUACGCUUCUGCCACAGACCGGGUUGCUGUCAAUUAGUAUCGGCUUCUUCUUGUACAGCGCCUCGUGUCUUUUUCUUCCAUCACUUAUGAUCGGGACAUUUGGAUACAGUGUUAGCUUGGUUGUUUCGGGCUCUCUUCUUCUAUGCUACACCUUGGCGAACUUUUACCCCAAGCCCUUUAUUCUGAUACCUGCUGGUGCAAUAAUGGGAGUUGGUUCGGGAAUCAUGUGGUCAGUGGCUCGCGGUUAUGUUGCUAAGCUAGCAACGAAGUACAGCGAAGCAUCGGGACGAAACCUAAACCAAGCACUCGGCCAUUUUUUUGGCAUAUUCUACGUUGCGCUCAACGCCCCAACAUUUGUAGGGGGCGGUGUAAUGGCGCUUAUAUUCAGGUUUGCUAACGUGGAAACUAUUGGUUUGAACGCAACAUACACCGGUGGGAACUACACUGUACUAAAUGACAACAACACUUUCUCAAACUUAACACGGACAUGCGGCGCGUUUUACGUAAGUAAAGGACCGGUACAAGACCAACAGCUUGUAGAUGUGAGCAGAACCACAAUCGUUAUGGCAAUUAUAUGUUUUGUAGCUUUACAAAUAAUGGGGAUCGCACUUUUGUAUUUCUUCGUAGACGACAAAAUAGCGGUUGAAAGGAAAAACGACGAACUUGAAAAUCUUCAUCAAGAAGAACCGAACAUAAACAAAAACAAAAGUGAGUCUAAGGCUACCUGCUGUUCCACGAAAUGCGAUCGGAUAGAUUGGAGUUUACUUCAAGACACCCUGCAGUUGGUACUGAAGGACAAGAUGCCCCUGAUGUUAAUUCCAAUAUCCCUUGUUCCCAAUUUUCUAAGAAGUGGUGUUUUCGGGGACUUCACUGUAUCUUGGAUUUCGUGUGCUCUAGGUUUCAGUUACAUACCUUAUGUGAUUGGAUUAUUUGGUGUAAGCGCUGCCCUUGGGAGUGUGUUGGUGGGGUGCCUUAGCAAGUUCACACCAGUUCACUACAGCCUGUUGCUUGGUACGGUUGUAACAUGUGGAACAUCUGCAUGUCUUCUUGCAUGGAGACCAAUACCUGGAAUUCAUUAUGACUUGUGGAUUUUUUUUGCGCUUGCCAUUUCUUAUGGAAUCAGCAUAAGUACCUUCAGGACAUUAUUAUCCAUUUACUUCAGUGAAUUAUUCAAAAAGAACAUCAAUGCCGGGUCUGGGUUACAGGGCGUAUACGAAGGCGUCUAUGCAGGCUUGCUUUACAGUGCUGGCACGUUUCUAUAUCCAUUUACUAAACUUAUUCUUUGUAUAGUCACGACUGUGACUGGAGCAAUAGUAGUCAAUAUAGCUUUUAGGAUCAAAGACAAGCCGUACACUAAAUGA